AUGCCUGGGCAGACCUCUGCAGUCACUGUACUCUUCUUGUCCCUGGUUGUAAUUUUAUAUGGCUAUCAAGUAAGAGAAAAUGAAUUUCCAAAAGUCAGAGGCUACCUUCAGUAUACUGCAACAGCAACAGAACAGGCCAUAACAAAAUCUCUAUUACAACUGAUUAACCAAACAUCUCACGAAACUUUAGCACCAAGAUUCAAAGAUGCUGCUGAAACUUCCACCUUUGAAAACACAGCCCACAUAACAAUGAAAACAGCAAUCCCAGUAACAACAAAAAGCCUUCUACCCAUCAGCUCAGCUAGCUACAACUUUGUCAGGUCUAAUAACUCACAUAUGACUUCUUCAUCUACUGAAGAUACCAUUGGCUCUGCCUCAAUUGCACAUUUACCAAUUCCUACAACCAGAGCUAGUCUAGCCACUGUCAACUAUAUAACUGGGAGGACUACCCAACUUGGUGGUCAGACUAUCCUUCCCAAAACAUUUUUCACACCAUCACACAAAAGCACAACCAGCCAGAGGCCAACUUUAUCCACCAAUGCCUCAGGAACAUCAACAACCUCACCCAUCCCUCUAGUUCCUAGGCCCACUCUUUUAACUUGGUCAUCACCAGCCAAGAUUGGAACUUAUGCAGUUCUAAAUGGAAGCAGGCUCUGUAUAAAGGCAGAGAUGGGAAUAACACUGAUUGUUCAAGACAAGGAUUUGGAUUCUACAACCCAGAGACACUUCAACAUUGACCCUAGCUUAACGCAUGCUUUUGGGAAAUGUGGCUUCCAAAAAUCCAACCUCUCCUUGAAUUUCCAGGGUGGAUCUGUGAAUAUCACAUUUACCAAGGAUGAAAACUUAUAUUAUAUUAGUGAAGUUGGAGUCUAUUUGACCAUCUCAAAUACAGAGAAGACUUACCAAGGAAGAAAGAAUACUAUGAUGAUGUUUGAGACAGUAGUUGGGCAUUCCUUCAAGUGUGUCAGUGAGCAGAGCCUCCAGCUGUCAGCUCAGCUUCAAAUGAAAACAAUGAAUGUCCAUCUUCAGGCCUUUGAUUUUGAAGGAGACUCCUUUGGAAAUGUGGACGAGUGUUUGUCUGACUACACAGUUGUGCUUCCUGUGGUUGCAAUCAUCAUGGUCGUCCUCUGUGUUGUGGGUCUGAGUGUCUACAAAAUCCGCCAAAGGCAUCAGUCAUCUGCAUACCAGAGAAUCUAA